AUGACUAAACAUUGGGCAGGUAGACGCACUGUCCCCUUGUCUUCUGCCUCCACAUAUCAAGCUUCCGCCUCUUCGACCAUCCUUAUUCCUUUUUAUUUUUCUUUGAUUUUCUUCUCUCUCCUCCUUGUCUUUAUCGACAUUCCUCUCCCACCCCUUUCCAUCCUUAUUUCAGACAGCAACUACAUAUUCACACAUACACCAUAUAUCAGCGUCAUUAUGGCCACGUUUCACUCGCUUAAUCCGCCCAUGGGCACACACCUCAGGCGACAGGCGCCAGAUAUGCUCUCUGUUGAGCUCGAGUUAUUACUUCCACAAGGCUACUUUCUUCCCGCGGAGGACAUCCAGGCAGAGGUGUGGACAAACGUUUUGCACAAACUGAACCCCGAUGGACCUGCAGUCUGGUCCGCUAUCCCUAUGAAGCUGUCGCACGUAAUCCCUGGAACCAGCAUUGCCGUCUUUGCAGCAAGAUUUCAGCCGACAGGCCGAGGUGAUUUUGGACUGACUGCGCGUUGGAAGUCACAUAAAGAUGUAACCAACUGGCAGUGGGUGCCUGCUGCAGAGGCGGAAGACACAGCCAAUAGUAACAAUUCCACGCUCGAAGGAAACAAGGAUGUUUCUAUUACUGUGCGAGUGCCACGCAAUAUUUCAAAGACUAGCUCUUGGACCAUGGGUCCACAAUCCGUCAUGGUCUUUGGUCAGGAUGGGCCCCGUGUCGAGGGCUAUAACGCAGGAGGAGCAAGUGUCGGAGGCCCAGGUUUAUAUCUGGGCAACCACGCUGCCGCAACUCGUGCGAGGAUUUCCGGAUAUGAUUCCGUUUUAUCGCUUGUGGGAGAUAUAUUGGACUUUGAUGAAAAGAUCCCUGAGACUGACAAGGAGCUCAACAAGAUCGCAUGGAUAGAGCAAGCCACGGCAAACACUCAACGUAAACGCUAUUCUUCACUUUCUAGGUCGUCCUCGAUCACUCCCUUGGGCACUUUGCCUUCUUUAGACUCGCAUAUGCCAGAAGAAUAUGGCUAUCAGCCGUAUCCAUUAAAAGAUACUUCGAGGCGUUCAUCCGUACAUGAGUUUAUGCUCAACCACGAGCCUGGCUCCACCUCAGAUGAUCUCCUGCCCCUCGUUGUGGAUAUACCCGAGGAGCCAGAGCGCCUUACACACAGAAACUCGGUAACAGACAUGAUGGUCAAGCUUCCAUCAUCCAUUAAGCAAUCAAACCGUUCAUUGACCUCCGUUGACCCGCCUAAUCCCCUGGAUAACAUCAGACAGAAUCAAGAGCAAGAAGCUGCUCCCGCCGAUGCAGCCUUGACAGUUGCGGCUCCUAAUAUCGGUACAAAGCAAGCCGAUGCUUCAGAAAACGUUGCAAACGCUCCAGCCUCACAAGAGAAAUAUACUCAGCAGUCAGCUUCAAGGAGCAGGAAGGCGAAAAAAUCCUCCGGAAAAAACCAAGAGCAGCCAGGUUCGAACACACUAUCACUUGAGCAUCCAUCUCCCACCAUUGAGUCUCUCGAAAUAACAACUGCGCCUGAUGCAAACGCUCUUCCCCCGAUAGCCUCUGCCAGAAUUGGCGUCAAUGGUAAUAGCAUGGCAGGCACGGCAGAGACAAGCGACUCGACCCAUCCUCAUACAUUGUCACCUACCGCAACACAAGGAGGCAACACCUCUACUACACCAGCUUCUAUCGAUACGGCUCCCUCUUCGCUCAACGAUAGCAACCCGCCUUCAAGUGCUAAAGUCAUUUCGGGCCUUUCCAAGCAAUUUUGGGAAAGCCAACCCUCGCGCCCAUCCUCAGGAUCAAAUGGCAGCUUUGCGAAUGGUCAGGAAAGACAAGCAAAGUGGCCUUUUCAGCACAAAGUCCUUACGAUGUCUCCAGGCGCGCACAAUGUGAUUUCCGAUGCAGUUCUGAAGGAGGCCGUUGAAUUUCUGAGGAAGGAGAUUGCGCAGGGCAAGAAAGUGUUGGUGCACUGCAGAGAUGGUAACGGACGAAGUGGCAGCGUUGUGGUUGCAUAUAUCGCCUCACAGAUGCAGAUCUAUGCUAAAAGGGCAGGGCAUAAGGACUCUGAAAUAGAAUCUUACUAUGAUGCGUCUUUGAAGGAAGUUUGGAAGUGGAAAUGUGAUGUAUAUCCACACAAAGGGCUGAAGCAAAGCAUCGAGAGGAUCCAAUGGUGA